AUGAUGCUCACUGUGAAGAAAGGCCCUUUAUGUUAUGAUGACAUCAAAACUGUUGAUGGCAAAAAACAUAAAACUUUUAGAGGAGCAUGUUUUGCUAUGGGAUUUCUACAAGAUGAUAGAGAAUUUGUUGAGGCAAUAAAAGAGGCACAUGUUUGGGGAUCUGGGUUAUUUUUAUGCAAGUUAUUUGUUACGAUGUUGAUGUCGUCAUCCGUGAAUAGACCGGAACAUCUGUGGAGAUUGACUUGGAAGUUUUUAUCAGAUGGUAUUCUUUAUGAUCAACGAUUAUUGGCAAGAGAUCAAGGGUUGACACUAAGUGAUGCGGAGCUAAAGGAACUUACUUUAAUUGCUAUUGAAACACUAUUACAAAACAAAAAUAAAAGCUUGAAAGAUUUCAAGCCAAUGCCAUAUCCCAAGGAUUUUGUUGUUUCCUUUAUAGGAAAUCAGCUUCUCUAUGAUGAACGUCAAUACGAUGUUCUUGAACAACAACAACUUUUUGCUAAAUUGUACUCAUCUCUGACAGAUGAGCAAAGAAACAUUUUUCAUGAAAUCAUGGAUGCUGUCGAGAAGCAACGAGGUGGAGUCUUUUUCUUAUAUGGCUAUGGAGGAACUGGUAAGACCUUUAUGUGGAACACUUUAUCAUCUGCACUUAGGUCUAAGAAAAAAAUUGUCUUGCCGGUUGCAUCAAGUGGGAUUGCAAGUUUAUUGUUACCAGGUGGCCGAACAGCUCAUUCUAGGUUUAAGAUUCCUGUCCCUACUUUAGAAAAUUCUAUUUGCAACAUUAACAAAAAAGAUGAUCUUGUUGCGCUUCUAAAGGUGACCGAUCUUAUAAUAUGGGAUGAAGCUCCGAUGGCUAACAAAUUUUGCUUUGAAUCUCUUGAUAAAUCCUUGAAAGAUAUUAUGAGCGGAAUGCCUAAUGCAUCUCAAAAAAUAUUUGGAGGUAUGGUUGUCGUCUUUGGUGGUGAUUUUAUACAAAUUCUCCCUGUUAUACCAAGAGGUACUAGAUCUGAUAUUAUCCAUGCAAAAAUCAAUUCUUCGUAUAUUUGGGACCACUGUAAAGUCUUGAAGCUUACAAAGAACAUGCGGUUACAAUCUGGUAUAAGUGCUUCUACUACUGAUGACAUUAGGAGCUUUUCAGAAUGGAUUUUAAAUAUUGGGGAUGGGACCAUGUGUGAGCCGAAUGAUGGUUAUGCUGAUAUUUGUAUUCCACGUGAGUUUUUAAUUUCAAACUUUUCAGAUCCCAUUAAGGCAAUUGUGGAGGAUGCCUACCCUGAUCUUAUUCAUAACUAUCUUGAUUUGGACUAUUUCCAAAGUUGUGCAAUCUUAGCUUCAACAAUUGAAGUAGUUGAUGAUAUCAACAAAUAUAUCACAAACCUUCUUCUAGGAGAAGACAAAGAAUACUUCAGUAGCGAUUCUAUAGAUAAAUCUGAUGCUACUAACUUUGAUGCAUAUGAGCAUGUCACACCUUAA